CCCUCUCCUGUAUUUUUAGCUGAGCCAGCCACUUCAUUUGCUGGAUAAGACAGACAGUUGUGUACCGUAUGAUCUCACUUAAUCGUUUUAAUAAAUGACAUCAAAUCGUAUACUGCGGAUUUGCCGUGGGCCUACAGCCAGCUGUUCCCUGGAAAUCUCGUACAGGGGAGACAUUUGUCCCGCCGCUGUCGGAUGCUGAAACGCGCAGUCAGCCUGUGGAUGCUUGAUGUCCAUUAUGAAACGCAGUGCUGCGCUGGUUACAAAAAAUGAGGCGCAGUUCUUCUGAGAUCAAAUGAAUUACGAGAAAUCUGUUUAGGUGCUAAAUCUCUCUGCGGUGCGGACGGCUCAAGGUGGUCCAGCAUCUUUCCCUUGAGCCUUCUGCUUCCUCUUCUCUUGGACUGUGGAUAACAAAAAGGCUUCAAGACGGAGGGGGUGGUGGAGCAUCGAGGAAAAAACAGGGGCAAUAUGAGAGAGCGGGACUUCAUGCCCAAUAUGGAGAGGGGCAAACCUGCUACUUAUACAGGGGACAAAAAGGCUAAGAUGGCUGCUAAGACUAACAAGAAGUGGGUGAGAUUAGCCACUGUUUUUGCAUAUGUGUUGUCUGUGUCCUUAGCAGCCAUUAUCCUAGCAAUUUACUAUAGCCUGAUCUGGAAGCCAACCAGUGCAUCCUCUUCUGCUGGGAAGUCGGGGGAAGAGGUCACCCCCACUGCAAACAUCUCAACUAAUAUUUCCACAAGCAACAAUAUAACAGAGUGGAACUCUACACAAACACGUCUGCUGUCUCUCAACCAGACCAGGCAGGGCACAACCCCGCACAGUCAGGCGUUUCAGUGGGAUGACAGAGCGGAGACAGUGGCCGUUUCCCCGCGGGGUGCUGGAGCAGAAAUUGCGCACUCGCACCAGGAGGAAGGACUCUACGCAUCUUCCCACGGUCACACAAGCGCGGAGAGAUCGGGCACUUUGGGCAGAGAGACACAAGGGUCUCAACCCCGCGUGAGCCACUACAUCCCGUCAAGCACUACUAGGGAGUCUGUCGCUGAGGGCAAGGGGGAGCGGGAGGCGCAAGGGGUGACAGAAAAACGCGAGCCCGAAAAUGCUGUGACUCUUCCUCCGACCUGAACAACGAGUCGAGGUGGCCAUAGAGGAGACUGAUCGGGCCUAAUCCCCAUCACCACACCACCCUUAGACCCCUUACAUUAAAAAAAAACAAAAAAACUAACCCCCCAAAAAGGAGUGUUUUACAUUCUCAGUGCCGCAGGUCGGAUAACACACGACUUUAAACUCAAUUUGCAGAGCCCCGUAUGGAUACUGAACUGCACAUAUUAACAGACAGCUUGCUUUUAUGACAGAAAAGAGGAGAGCUCCUCCAUGGACACUAUGCGUUUCUUUUUCUUUUUUUAGGCCAUCUGUAUGCCUUAAAUCAAUGUGUGUCUACUUUACCUCGGACAGCUUCUGAGGCCACUAACCUGCCUGUAUGUGU